UUACUUCAGUUUACUUAAUGCUGUGUUCUCAGUCAGUCCUCCCUGUUCCUCUUUAUCUUUCUGGCGUUUUCUCUCAGAACCCUAGACUUCUGCACCCAUCGUUUUCUGUUAUACGCUCUUUUCUUCUCUUCAGGCCUAAGAAUCAUGAUGACCAAACGGGUAUCUUGCUUACGUUCAAGAAUGCUGUUGAACCCAUGACGAACCCACUUGAUUUUUCCGAUGGAGAUGAAGCGAUACAAAGAGGGCAACAAUCUCUCGUUGGCCCUGUUUCUCCAUUCACAGGGGGUAAGAAAUCGGUCUUGUUCAAGUUUCUGGGUGUGAGGAAUGAAGACAUUGAGAAUUUAGUUUAUUUCGCUGUGAAAUCUCAGGAAGAAACCAUUAGAACAACACAACAAUUGCAGAAUGGCGAUGGCCCUUUUGCGGAGCUGCCGCGGAUCAAGAAAUCCAUUGACUUGAUGGGUCUCAACAUGAUGGAUGUUAAUGGCAGCCUAACGCAGUUUGAUUACGCCAAGAACGCCAAUGAGGAAGCCAUUAGAUCUACCCAUUCCCAGCGACGGGGCCCUGUUCCAUCAUCCCGAUUUAAUUUUUCUGUGCCCAAGAAACAGAAGUCUAACAGAGGGAAAGCCACUAACAUUACUGGUUUUUCCAAGAUCAAGAAAUUUGGAAACUCCAUUCCGGAAGGUCUCAAACCAAGGUUUUCUGAUCAUGAGAAAGUCAGACAUAAGAAAUCAGUCGUAUUCAAGUUUCUGGGCGUGAGGGAUGAAGAGAUCGAGAAUUUUCUUUAUUUCGCUAAGAAAACCCACGAGGAAGCGAUCAGAAAACGAGGGAAAGCCCUGAUAAGUACUUACACCACUGAUUUUUCCAAGAAAUUUGGAAACUCUGUUCUGAAAGAUCUCAAACCAGCUGAGAAAGUCGGACACAACAGAAAGCACCUGAAACGCUGCGGAGAAAGCAUAAAAACUGAAGAGAAGAACAAACCUAAGAGGCAGAAGGACGGCAAGAUACAGAACAAGAAAGGGUUGGCUAGACUUGCUGAAUGGAAUUUGGAGCCUCCACCAAAAAUGCCAAUUGACCUCAAGAAAUUGAUUGAAGAGAUGGGCGGUUCUCAAGAGAAACUAUUGAUACAGAAGAUCAUAUUCAAAACAGAACUGAACAAGACCCAUAAUCGUCUGCAGAUUCCUAUGAAUCAAGUAAUGGUGACAGAUUUCCUCACACAGGAUAAAGCAAGGAAGCUGGAUCGAGAAGGCUUGAACGUGGACCUAAUAGAACCCUGUCUGAAGAAAUCCAAAAUCCACCUCACCAAGUGGAGUAUGGGAAAUUCCAAAGUGUUUGUGUUCAAUGAGCAAUGGAAGUCAGUGAUGGAUGGAAAUAGGACACUGAAGAAGAAUGCAGUGAUGCAGAUUUGGUCGCCCCGGACUGCCCCAGAAUCAAAGCUCUGUUUUGCCAGGGUUAAAGUUAGAGAUGGAGAUGAUGAUUAAAACCACAUAACCUAUGGCUAAAUUUAAUAAAUAAUUUAGAAACCA